CACGUGACUGAGGGGACCCGGAGCUCGCGCCCCAGUACGGAAGGGAAGAUGGCGGCGGAGAGGGAGCCCCCUCCGCUCGGGGAAGCCAGGCAGCCCGAGCUCGAGGAGCUGGAGGACGGCGAGGAUUUGUUCACCAGCACUGUGUCCACCCUGGAGUCAAGCCCAUCGUCUCCGGAACCAGCCAGUCUUCCUACAGAAGACAUCAGCACAAACUCUAAUGGUCCAAAGCCUGCAGAAAUCAUACUAGAUGAUGACAGGGAAGACCUUUUUGCUGAAGCUACAGAAGAGGUUUCUCUGGAUAGUCCAGAAAGGGAACCAAUACUGUCUCCAGAUCCUACUCCUGCAAUCACUCCUGUAACGCCCACUACACUAGUAACUCCCAGAAUGGAAUCAAAAAGUAUAACAGCCCCUGUGAUUUUUGAUAGAUCCAGGGAAGAGAUUGAAGAGGAAGCAAAUGGAGACGUAUUUGAUAUAGAAAUCAAUGUCUCAGACCCAGAGAAAGUUGGGGAUGGCAUGAAUGCUUACAUGGCAUACAGAGUAACAACAAAGACAUCCCUUUCUAUGUUUCACAAAAAUGAAUUCUCUGUUAAAAGAAGAUUCAGUGACUUUCUUGGUUUGCACAGCAAAUUAGCAACAAAAUACCUGCACAUUGGUUACAUUGUGCCUCCAGCUCCAGAAAAAAGUAUUGUAGGCAUGACCAAGGUUAAAGUAGGCAAGGAAGAUUCAUCAUCUACAGAAUUUGUAGAAAAAAGAAGAGCUGCACUAGAAAGGUAUCUACAACGAACAGUAAAACACCCAACCUUGUUACAGGAUCCUGAUUUAAGGCAGUUCUUGGAAAGUUCUGAGCUGCCGAGAGCAGUUAACACCCAGGCUCUGAGUGGAGCAGGAAUAUUGAGGAUGGUGAACAAGGCUGCCGACGCUGUCAACAAAAUGACAAUCAAGAUGAAUGAAUCGGAUGCAUGGUUUGAGGAAAAACAGCAACAAUUUGAGAAUCUGGAUCAGCAACUUAGGAAACUUCAUGCCAGUGUAGAAGCCUUGGUCUGCCACAGAAAAGAGCUUUCAGCCAACACAGCUGCCUUCGCUAAAAGUGCUGCCAUGUUAGGUAACUCUGAGGACCACACUGCUUUAUCUAGAGCUUUGUCUCAGCUUGCAGAAGUUGAGGAGAAAAUAGACCAGUUACAUCAAGAACAAGCUUUUGCUGACUUCUAUGUGUUCUCAGAACUGCUCGGUGACUACAUUCGUCUUAUUGCUGCAGUAAAAGGUGUGUUAGAUCAUCGAAUGAAAUGUUGGCAGAAAUGGCAAGAUGCUCAGGUCACUUUACAGAAAAAACGUGAGGCUGAAGCGAAGCUCCAACUUGCCAACAAACCUGAUAAACUGCAGCAAGCUAAAGAUGAGAUAAAGGAGUGGGAGACAAAAGUUCAGCAAGGGGAGAGAGACUUUGAACAGAUCUCCAAAACCAUACGCAAAGAAGUGGGAAGAUUUGAGAAGGAACGAGUGAAAGACUUUAAAACUGUUAUUAUCAAGUACUUAGAAUCAUUAGUGCAAACACAACAGCAGCUGAUAAAAUACUGGGAGGCAUUCCUACCUGAAGCCAAAGCCAUUGCCUAGAAAGGAGAAUAUUCCAAACCAGAAGACACUUUGGAUGUUUGUCCCGGUUAAGCUAAAUUCCACAGUGAAAUCACUUUAAAAUCGUUCAAAUAAACCACUAUAUAUUUUA